AUGGCCAUGGCCAUACAAAAAAGCACUACCCCAGAUAAAGAAAGUUUAACUUCUAUGCUGCCAAUAACUUCGACGAUGUUACGUAUAUUAUUCCAUCUUAUUGGUGCACUUCAUUUUUGUUAUGGAUGUUAUUAUGAUUUCAUCUAUGUUAGAAUACCAAGUACAUCCUCUACAGUUACACCAUUUGGUGGUAAAUUAAAAUAUUUAACAUUCAUUAAUGCUAUGUUACAAACGGUGUAUUUCACUGUAGCACUAUGCAAUGACUUAUUUGGAAAUAAUGAGCCAACACAUUCAGAUAAACCAAUAGUUCGACGUAUCAAGGAUACUAUUUUUACAUCUCUUGCAUUUCCUUUAGCUAUGUUUGUUGGGAUUACAUUUUGGUGCAUAUAUGCAGUAGACCGGGCAUACCCACUAAAACCCACGCCCCUCAAGACCCCGACGACGUACGAUAACAACCCCAAAUGUGUUCAUAUCCCGCACAAUUGCCCGAAUUCCGGUCCGCUCCUUUUACGGGGCGGGUCCCACCACGAGUUGGGGAAAAAAGGCUCAGGAACAUACCAAUCUAAUUCCCCCGACAGGACAACGGGCGUGCAAUGCCCGGUGAGCGCGCAAACCCACCAGACUGCCCCCAGUCAAAGUCGUGACUCCAAUAGUGGCACGGCCCGGGCCCGGUCACUUCACACACCGAAAGGUGUGUGCGGCAGCCCGGCCCCGACGACUCCACUACCGGAGCGAGAUGAAAAAUUCCCUUCCUACUUGCGCAGGACGACUAUACCCCUGUCCGCCCCCCGGGAUCCCGUGACCGAGCAACCUGCUAAGCAGACUUUCUCCAUUCCGGCGCCCCGGGGGUUGCCCCUCGGUCAUUCUCACUGGUAUCUCUUAUAUGUAAGCGAUGUUAUGUCUGAAGUGAAUGGUGUGUUAAUGUAUGUGUAUAGGGUGCAGGCCCUAACCCCUGGACUCGAGAUUACGGAGGUUGGAGUUGCGCAUAACGCCAACUCCUCCCUCCCAUUCUGGCGGCGUUGA